AUGGCAAGUUUAAAUUUUCUAGUACAUAGACUAUUUUCAUUUCCUCUGAGCAAACCAAGAUUCGAUGUUGAGAGGACUGCUGUUUAUAAAGUGGCUAACGUCAAUGGUUAUGAUAUCAAAAUAGUGGAUAAAUCAAUACGUAGACAUAAAUUUAAGUUAACACUAAGAAAUGCUACGAGUUUUCAAGCGGAUAAAACAAUCUGGAAAGAAUCCCAAUCCUGUUCAAUCCCAAGUACACAAGGGAACUUGGUAAGGUUCUCAAAGAAUCAUCAAGUUUUGAAAGCGUUCAUCAGUCUGGGUCAAAGUUAA